CGACAUAAUGUAGGUGGCUUUCCAUAGAUCGUGUGACGUUGUUGAUGUCGACACAUCAUUUUCGACAUCUUGUUUUGCAAAAAAAGGAUGUUUCUGUGAGCACAUGCCUGUAUGUAUGUGUCUUACCUGAGGUAACCAGCCAUCAUGGACAGAACAAACAGAAAAGAACUUUUAGAAAUGGCGGAGAAACAGAAAGAGGAGUUAGAUCGGUACAAGGGCAGAUUAAGAGACCUUGCUGUGGCAUACCGGAGUCUUGUGAAGGAGAAAGAAGCUUUAGAAGCAAGUGUGAAAGCCUUGACCGCUCCUAAUCAGACCAGAGAUACCAAUGCUUCCGCAGAGGCUCAAGAUGGUGAUACACAGGAUGAAGGUGAUGGUGUUGGAGAGGGAGAUGGAGGGAACAUAGCUCAGCUUCGUCAGCAGAUCACUACCCUAACCCUAUCCUUAUCAACUGUCAGCGAACAGAAGUCAAAGAUGGAGACAAACUUUCAAGAUGACAAGAAGAAAAUGAGGCAAGAGCAAAUGGAUGCCCUUCAAAGAGUGAAUGAAGAGAAAGACAAUCUUCAGUCAGUAGGAGAACAACUCACACAGCAACUGGCAGAGACCAAAGCAAAGCUGCGAGUGCAUCAGCAAGAGAGAGAAUCAGAUAAUCUAAACAAUGCUGCUAUGAUGAGAGAACUGCAGAACCUAGUCAGCAGAGAAAGGACAGAGAAAGAAAAACUAGAAAACAAGAUCUUUGAUUUAGAAGAAACAGUUAUGCGCCUCAAGUCAGCUCCAGAUAAGUCAGUAGAGUAUGAAGGUCACAUUGAGCGGCUAUCCAAGGAACUGGGCGUGGUCAGGAACCAGCUGUAUGCGGCAGAAGAGGCGGCCAGGAGACCCCCUCCUCUACUCCUGCAGCUCCAGAAGGACAUGGCGGAAAUGAAGGCUCAGCAUCGAAUGCAGAUUGAGCUUGAGCAGCAGAAAGCGCGAGAGACGGAGGAGAGAUUACAGAAGACGAGGGCUGCUGAGGAGCAGAGGGUAGCCGACUUGGAGUCCAAGCUCUCUGACCUCUCCGAUACGGUUGGAACAUACGACAGAGGCAGACAGCAAGAUCAACAUGCAAUACAGAGAUUAAAAGAGCGCAUCAGUCAGUUGGACCUGGAGAACACUGCUCUAGCGAGGGCAGCAAACAAGUCUACCGUGAUGGCCAUUAACGAAGAGGAGGAUCUGGAUAGCGAGGCGUCGGUAGCUGAGAUCAAAGAGAGGAUCAUGAAGCUGAAAGGAUUGUUCAAAUUGGCCUGCCAUAAAGCUGAGAAACCUGUUGAUAUAGACGAUGUUUUAAACAUUGACGAUUAUUCAAGUCGAGAAGGUGACCCUAACCACAGUGCUUGCCAGCAGGAGUUGAAGAGGCUUAAGGAGGAGUUUGAGUCUUACAAGACUAGGGCUUCUAAUGUUCUCAAAAACAGAACAACAAGGGACACCACCCAUAACAAGGAGUUAGAGCAGCUGCAGGGCCAGCUAGCUGACAUGCGUGAGAGAGUCUCUAUCUUGAGACAGCAGCUGGAUGAUGAAGAAGCAGCUCACAAACAAUCCAUUGAAGAUUUCCAGCAGAGGGUCGCCAAGAUGAAGGACAAACACAAGGUCACACUAGCUCAGGCAGAAAAUGAUUAUAAGCUGAAGGCAGCAGACCUUGACCAGCAGGUCCAGAAGCAGCGUGAGCGGACUAUAGCCCUUCUAGCUGAUAAGGACCAGGUCGUUAAUGAUCUUAAGAUCCAACUGAAUCCAUCACAGUCCUACCAACAUGCACCUCCACAUAACUCCAGACGUCUUAGAAAAUCCAAAAGCUAUGACCACUACAGUCCAGCUGAUGAUGUCCAGUCUGUAGCCAGUGAAGAUUAUGUCUCAUCAGAAACAGAAGAAACCGUCUCACAACUCGUACAUGCACCACACUCUCCAGGUCAGACAGGGAGCUCCUUUCUGCACUUUGCGGAGGAGCAAGCCCGCAAGGAGGUGGAGCUGGCCGGUGUGAAGAGACAGAAGCAACAGGUGGAGACAGCACUGAGACAGCUCCAGGAUAAACAUGCAAACUCAGUGCAGAACUACCAGGAGGAGAUGGAGAACCUCAGAGAUGAAGUAGACCGAUGGCAGAGAAACAGGUCGAGAGAAGGAACCAACUUGGAGUAUCUAAAGAACGUAGUGCUGUCUUAUUAUCAGACUGACAGUUAUUCAACAAAAAAACAGAUGUUCAACGCCAUUGCUGCUAUUCUUCAGUUCACUAAGAAAGAGAAGGAUGCUGUAACGAAGAAGCUUGGUGCUGCCUGGUGGGGAACUGGAUGAAACCAGUUAACACUGCAUUAAGCCAGCCACGUAUGGAUAGAACUGGUUUUUAUUGACUAGUAUUUUAUGUAAAAAUGGCUUGAACAGUAAUUAAUAACAGAUAUGGAGAAAAAAAAACUGUUUUAUUGUGCCUUAUGUAUUUGAAAUGGCCAAAUUAAUGAGGUGCUUAAUUGGCCUACCAACAUUUCUUUUAGAAAUACCUACAUUUUAGUAUAGAAAAGCAUAUUGACUUGAUACAUAAAUAUACAAGUCUAUGUCAAUGCUCUGUGCAAUAUUCAGUGACCAAAUUUGUCCCAAGGCCACUCUUUAAUAUCAACUAAAUGGUUGAAGUGUCAUAUUUUAGUGGUUUAAUACCUUGAAAUACAAAGCUCUUGGAUUCAAACACCAGCAUGGCAAUGAUGUCCUUGAGCAAGGCAUUUUAUCUACAUUGCUCCCCUCCACCCAGGUGUUAAGAGGGUUCCCGGUAGGAUGCAAAGUCAGUAUGAUUGGAUUAGCAUGUGUUCCCCCAAACAAAUGGGAAUCCCUGGAAUGCUCCCAAGGGAGUGGGGAGUGGGGAGUGUACACUGUAAAGUACAUACCGGUAAUCAAAAUCAUAAGACCCCCUUUCACGGUUACAAGAGUGCGCAUGCACUGACAUUGGCGCAAUUUUAAAUUACAAGUAAACAAAGAUGUUUACCGGGUACUCGUAAUUUAAGAUGGCACCCAUGUCAUUAUGAUGUGAGCGCACAGCGCGGGCAAUGACGCAACAAUACAUGCGCAUUUGAAAAUCUUGAUGAUGCAUUGUUUACUCGCAAAUUAAAAUGGCGGCCUUAACCGUGAAAGGAUGUAUUGAAUCCAGUUGCUGAUGUAAUAAUACUUCUGAAAGCACUUUGGUCAGUUAAUUGGAGAAGCGCGUUAUAAGAAACACGCAUUAUUGUACUUUGGUCUUUGGUCUUUGAGGCCUAUAGAAACCAUGACAUCAUUGCAUCUUACAUUUUGUUUUAUAUUAUGUCCAAAUUAUAUUUUCGAAGGAUUUUACAGUUGUAGUCACAUGGUAAUUGAUGAUCAAUGUUAAAUGAUUGAUAAAACAACUGGUAACCCUUAUGUCAAACGUACUAUAUAUAUUGAUGUAUAUGUUUGUAAAUACAAUGAAGAAGUGUAGCACAAUACAUGUAAGUAUUGCAACAUGCAGGAUUCACAUAAUGCUGGCCAAGUUUUAAUCUAUUUAUGAUGGGGUCUCCAAACUUCACAUAUAUAUUUAAUUAUAGUUAAUUUGGAUUUAUAAUGGGGAGUUACAUGUAGUACAAGUCUUCAAAUGAUGUUUAGCAUUUUGCAAAUUGAAAUAGAGAUAUCAUUCCAAAGGGUUAUGGGAACAAAUAUAUAGAUUAUAUAAAUCAUAUAAAUCAUCAAUGUUAUGAAAUAUUU